AUGGCUUGUGACAUUUUGCCCUUUACUUGUGUUCUGCCCACAGCGCCCCCUACUGUCCGGAUCAUACACUCGGGCCACGCGUGUAACGUGGAGGAGGAGCGCUACACUGAGAGGGUGUACACUAUCCGGGAGGGUGAGACCCUGGAGCUCACGUGCCUGGUGACUGGACACCCGCGGCCACAGAUUCGAUGGACUAAGACAGCAGGCAGCGCAUUAGACCGUUUUCAGGAUUCAAGUGUCUUUAAUGAGACACUUCACAUCGCUAAGAUCCAGCGGCACCAAGGUGGACGCUAUUACUGCAAAGCUGAAAAUGGACUUGGCUCGCCAGCAAUUAAGUCGAUCAGAGUGGAUGUCUACUACCUGGACGAUCCAGUAGUGACGGUUCAUCAGAGUAUAGGCGAAGCCAAAGAGCAGUUCUACUAUGAGAGGACAGUUUUUCUCCGCUGCGUGGCCAACUCCAACCCUCCAGUGCGCUACAGCUGGCACAGGGGCAGAGAUGUUCUGUCUCAAGGCUCAGAUAAGGGUGUGGAGAUCUACGAGCCCUUCUUUACACAGGGGGAAACAAAGAUCCUGAAGCUGAAGAACCUGAGGCCCAAAGACUACGCCAACUACAGCUGCAUCGCCUCUGUUCGGAACGUGUGUGGCAUUCCUGACCGGAGGGUCAUCUUUCGACUCACCAAUAAAACAGCUUCCCCAUCCAUCAAGCUCCUGGUGGAAGAUCCAAUUGUGGUGAAUCCUGGACAGACAGUAUCUCUGGUGUGUAUCACCACAGGUGGUGAACCUCCACCCACACUGACAUGGACCACCGUCUCGGAGCACCUUCCUGAGAAAAGCGUUUUGAAAGACGGCACACUAACACUACCUGCUAUCUCUUCUGAAGACGCCGGCGUCUAUAGCUGCAUCGCCAGCAACAACGUAGGAAACCCAGCCAAAAAGUCAACCACCAUUAUUGUUCGAGCGCUGAAAAAGGGGCGCUUUUGGAUCACGCCUGACCCUUACCACAACGACGACAACAUUCAGAUCGGCCGCGAAGUCAAGAUCUCGUGCCAGGUCGAGGCAACACCCCCUGAGGAGCUGCAGUUCAGCUGGCUGAAGAACGGCCGAGCACUGCGCAGCUCUGAACGCAUGGUCAUUACCCAGACUGACCCUGACAUCUCCCCAGGAACCACCAACCUGGACAUCAUUGAUCUGAAGUUCACCGACUUUGGCACCUACACUUGCGUGGCAUCGCUCCGAGGCGGCGGCAUUCCAGAGAUCAGCAUCGAUGUUAACAUCUCUUCUACCACUGUUCCUCCCAAUCUGACUGUGCCACGGGGCAAGUCCCCACUGGUGGUGCGGGAAGGAGAGACGGUGGAGCUGGAGUGCCUUGUUUCAGGAAAACCCAAGCCCAUCAUCCUGUGGUCACGGGCCGAUAAAGAGGUGUCCAUGCCAGACGGAAGCAUGCAGAUGGAAAGCUAUGACGGUGUGCUGCGCAUCGUCAAUGUGUCUCGUGAGAUGAGCGGCUCCUACCGCUGCCAGACCAGCCAGUACAAUGGCUUCAACGUCAAACCUCGAGAAGCCUUGGUGGAGCUCAUAGUGCAGUACCCGCCAGCUGUGGAGCCUGUGUCAUUGGAGGUUCGACAGGGUCUGAGCCGGCCAGUACCGAUGACCUGCCGUGUCCUGCGAGCUCAUCCUUCACGGGUGUUGCGGUAUGAGUGGCGUCUGGGCUCCCGUCUGCUGCAUGCGGGCCACUUCGACACAAGCGAUGAGACUGAGUACUCAGUGCGUAGCCUCAGCCGAGACGGCUACGGAGAAUACACGUGUGACGUCAUCAAUGAGGCCGGAGCCGGCCGCUGCACCUUCCUGGUCACUGGAAAAGCUUAUGCUCCAGAGUUCUACUACGACACCUAUAGUCCUCUGUGGCAGAACCGACCCCGUGUUUAUGGCUAUAAGCUGCAGUGGACCCAGAUGAACCCUGAUACAGUGGACCGUAUCAUGGCUUAUCGUCUGGGCAUACGGCAGACUGGGCAGCAGAGAUGGUGGGAGCAGGAGAUCCCUGUCGAAGGCCCCAUUCAGAAGGGAGAGCUCAUCACCUAUAACCUGACAGAGCUCAUCAGACCUGAGGCCUACGAAGUGCGCCUGACCCCUAUCACCCGCUUCGGUGAGGGAGACUCCGCCAUCAGGAUGGUGACCUACAGUGCGCCCAUUAACCCGCAUCUGAGGGAAUUCCACUGCAGCUUUGAGGAGGAGCCCAUUUGCAUGUUUACUCAGGACAAGAAUGACAACUUUGAUUGGACAAGACAUAGCGCUGCGACACGUGACACUAAAUACACUCCGAAUACAGGACCCAGUGGAGAUCGUAGCGGCUCAAAACAAGGUUUCUAUAUGUAUAUUGAGACCUCCAGACCGCGUAAAGAAGGCGACAAGGCUCGUUUGCUGAGCCCCACUUUCAACGUGGCGCCUAAAAAUCCUUACGGCAUCACCAACCCUCCAGCAUACUGCUUUGGCUUUUAUUACCACAUGUACGGGAAACAUAUCGGCACUCUGAAUGCGUUCAUGAAACAGAAAGGUCAAGCUACUUCAGAUGCUGGUCCAGUCUGGUCACUCAGUGGGAAUCAGGACGAUCGGUGGAAACAGGCCAAAAUCAGCAUCCACCCCACUGCAUCCUUUCAGGUGAUCUUUGAAGGCAUUCGAGGCCCAGGGAUUGAGGGGGACAUUGCAAUUGAUGAUGUCACUCUCGAAGAGGGGGAGUGUCCUGACCCUCCAUCCAAUCGUAUGUAUUAA